GUGUCUUCCCUCGGUGGCCAAAAGGCAAAAGGUUCACGUGCCGUCGCGGAUUUCGACGAGAGAGAGCGGAAGAUUUCCACAUCACAUCGCACCACACUCCUCAACCAGUUUGCUCGAGCAACACUUCUCCUCCAUAUGUGAACCCAGCCAGCAUAAAAAUCGAUUCCAUUUGAGUGACAACCUUGAAAAAAAGAAGGAAAAAGAUCCAGGCUUGCUGCGAUUUUGUUUGCGUUGUUUUUUGUUUUUGGAAAGUGGUUCCAGACGACGACGGAACAGCGUUCCGGAUUCCCGAUUACAAGUGCACCGAAAAAUUGUGGCCAAAUUGAGCAAACAAGAUGAGUGAAGUGGUGCCGAGCUGCGGACAGAAGAAAUCUGCUUACGAAAUUCGCGAAAAGACUGCGUUUACGUCAUGCUUGUACGCCCUUAUCAGUCGCUAAAUGUGGCCCCACGGAAAGGUGUCCGCGCAGUAGAAGCAGAAUCGGAAGAAGAAGAAGCACAGUGGAACCACUUUUUGCCGUGUUUCCUGUAAAUAAUUUCGCACACACGCACCCAAGAAGAUGUACAUAGCCGAGCUUGAAGUUUCCUUUCUUUUCUAACAAAAAAUACGCGAUUAAAAACUCGACGAAAAUUGCGCACCGAAUUUCGUCGCGAAUCGCCCUAAUAAUAAUAGUAAUAAUAUAAAAAACCCACUUCCGGGUGUCGAGGGACAAUCGGUCAAAAUUGCGCCUCAAGCAAGUUCCGCCAAGGACGACGCAGCAGCAGAUCAGGGGAAGAUGGCCACGGCACUGAAGGGAGGAGGCGGAGCGGCGGCCGCAGGUGGGGCCAAGGGCAAGUUUGCCUGGCUGGCCCACGUCAAGUACGAGCACCUGAUGGCGGGAGUGUCCGGCGGAGUGACGUCCACGCUGCUGCUGCACCCGCUGGAUUUGAUCAAGAUUCGGUUCGCAGUUAAUGAUGGCCGAACGGCAGCCGUACCCCAGUAUCGCGGCCUGACCGGUGCAUUCCUCACCAUCUUCCGCCAGGAGGGCUUCCGGGGACUGUACAAGGGCGUCACGCCCAAUAUCUGGGGCUCGGGCAGCGCCUGGGGAUUCUACUUUUUGUUCUACAACACGAUCAAAACGUGGAUCCAGGACGGGAACUCGGCCCAGCCGCUGGGACCGGCGCUGCACAUGUUGGCCGCGGCCGAAGCCGGCGUCCUGACGCUGGCCAUGACGAACCCGAUUUGGGUGGUGAAGACGCGGCUGUGCCUGCAGUGCUCGGAACGGCCGUCGGCCCACAGCUACGCCGGCAUGGUGGACGGGCUGAAGAAGAUCUACCGGACGGAGGGCGUGCGCGGGUUGUACAGUGGUUUCGUCCCCGGCAUGCUGGGCGUGUCCCACGGCGCGCUGCAGUUCAUGACGUACGAGGAGAUGAAGAACCGGUACAACCAGAACCGGAAGCGGCCCAUCGACGCCAAGCUGACCACCGUAGAGUAUUUGACGUUCGCGGCCGUGUCGAAGCUGAUUGCGGCGGCCGCCACCUACCCGUACCAGGUGAUUCGGGCCCGCCUCCAGGACCACAACCACCGCUACAAGGGCACCUGGGACUGCGUGAAGCUGACUUGGAGGUACGAAUCGUGGCGUGGCUUCUAUAAAGGGCUCGGUCCGAACUUGUUGCGCGUGACGCCGGCGACGAUGGUUACGUUUGUGACGUACGAAAAUGUGUCGCGCUAUCUGUUGGACUUGGGCAAGGCGGGGGCGCCAGCUCCAGGGUCGGCCACGUCGUCGUCGUCCUCCUCCUCCUCGAAGUAGGGAUGAUUAGCUAAUUUUUUGACUAAAAGUUGUUCCUGCAGGGGAGAGCCGGCCAAGCCGGGAAGAGUUUGGAGCUUUGGAAUAGAACCAAAAGAAUAGAAGAAAAGCAGCUAGGAGAUAAAAAUAAGAAAUUAAGGUUUUGCCUUUGCCAUGCCGUUUAACGUUUUUAUUUUUUUGCGAAUAAGAUAAGUUAGACUAAAGUUAGUUAGAAAUUGACGGAAUUACAGCUUGAAACGCGCACAGUCACAGGAAAAGUAGUUGGAAAGUACUUUGAAGCUUUGGUUUAAAUUUUAAGGUACAGUAACAUCACUUAUAAAGUAGAAUUUUGUUCCUCCCGCAGUGAAGCGUUAGAUUAGGAUUGAUGAAUAGUUUUGCUUUGCGUUUUGUCAACGUCGACCAAAAACAGCGUUGAAAAAUAUUGAUGGAGUUUUGUCAGCUGGUUCGCAUAGCUCGAAUUUCGAGUUUCGACAACGAUAUGGGAUACAUCAAUUUUCUUCGAAAUCGUGUUGCAUUGACAUGCUGUGGAAAAUAAAAGAGACUUUUGAAAACAUCCUA